UGCGAAUAGAACAUGUCUCAGACUUUCUUCCACCAUCGGGAAAAAGAGACGAAUGUCAACACACUCCGAAUCGGACCUCAAGCCUGAGGAUGUUCGCCGCGUCAAGCACACGCGCAUUGGUAUAUGGGACGUCUACGAGGCACGCAAACCAUGGCAUUCGAGGCUCCAGAUCCGCAUACCAGGCUUAUCGAUAUUGAAGACAUAUGCCCAGAUGCUCCAGGAUAUGUCCUAUGUUGUGCGCAUGUCGAAGGAUAUGUACAGCAUCCCACGAUGUUUUAUUCUUAUAUCCGCAUACCUAGUAGUGGAACUCUUGGGCGCCCUUAUACCCGCCUUUUCCCUAUGGCACACUGGACAACUACUUAGCCUUGUAGAGACCGCAAUGGAGACGCGUACUGUGGACACGUCGAUGCUCGUUGAUGUUGCAGUAGUAUAUCUUGCAUGCACAAUCACGAUGCGCCUUCUCAAAUAUGCCCGAAGUCGUAUAAUUCGCUCCAUGGACACUUCCAUCAGACGAGUUAACACUGAGCGCGUAUUUCGCUCCCUUGCUUGCCUUGACGUGCCCACCCAUGGUAGAACACGUACCUUGGAUGUAAUAAAUGGCAGGCUCCCCGAUUCCCGUUUUACCUUACAAUGCGAAAUUGUCGAGAUGUCAACAAACAUUACAAUGAUGGUUGUCCGUCUACUGUCUCAGCUAUUGGUUCUAGUGACAGUCCUGCGGAAGCAACAGGAUGUUAUACUUCUUGCAAUUCUCAGCUUUUCCCAAUCUAUACUUAGCUGGGAUGGCACACAAAAUGUAGCGGUCAGACCCUUAGUUCGGGCUGCAAAAACUACCAACAAAGAUUUCCUUCGUAUGAGAGCCCUAGAGCGGCUCGUUCUCGACCAUGAAUACCGCCAGGAGCUUGUUGCAGGCAACCUCGGCGAAUGUGUCGCUGCACAAUUCUGCGAAUCCUCCCGGCGCAUUGGUGAUGAUGCAGUUAAUUUUUCAGGAGUGGCACGAACCCAUUCUGGUCUGAACGUGGUAUUCAUCUUGAGAGAAAUGAUACACGUGUUACCUCAGAUCCUCUUCGCUCUGCGCGUCGUGCAAGAACCAAUGGCCGCACCCCUCUAUUUUGUGUCGCUCAUACUGAUGUAUCAAGCUUCUUUCAGUUCCUCACCCUUCUCCAAGUCGCCCUCCAGCCCGCAUUCCUCUCUUGCAGGGAAAAUUCCUUCUAUACGCGCCAUGUAUGAAUUAGCAGAUAAGGUGCUGAACGAGGUAGUCGAUGGCACAAAACCAUUCCCCGAGGACAAGCAGUCUCUCAGGAAUGGCAUUUCUAUCGAGUUCAGGAAUGUGACAUUUCAGUACCCUGGUAGCGAGAAGUGUGCUUUUCGGAAUGUUUCGUUCAAGGUCGAAGCUGGUCAACUUUGCGUCAUUAUGGGAGUGAACGGCUCUGGAAAGAGUACGAUUUUGAAACUGAUCUCCCGUCUUUAUGACCCGACAGACGGCACCAUCCUCAUCAACGACCAGGACAUCAAAACCCUCAAACUAGCUGACCUGCGGGACGCCAUGUCCAUCCUCUUCCAGGACUACACCCACUUCCCAGUCCCCAUACGUGAGAACAUCGGACUUGGCAACCCCGCGUUCGCAAAUGAUGACGAGAAGAUCCACGAAGCCGCCCGUCUCGGCGGCGCAGAAGAGUUCAUCGACGACCUGCCUGAUGGAUUUGACACCCGCCUCGAUCAAUACCGUGAAAACUACUAUGAUAACAUUGGGCCCUUUAUGCCGCCCGACUCGGAGUGCCUCCGAGAUGACUUGUCCCUUGUGCAUCGCGUUGGGAAUUUUCGUAGCAACUCCUAUAUACCUCUUAGUGGCGGGCAGAUGCAGCGGCUCGCAGUCUCCCGCACAUUGAUGCGCUCAUUACCUACUGAGACAGAGCCUUCCACUGGCAUGCUGUUAUUCGACGAGCCGAGUGCCUCCCUAGACCCUACAGCCGAACAUACUCUCUUCGAGCGCCUGCAAAAGUUGAGGGGCAGCAAGACCUUGAUAUUCUCCACUCACCGGUUCGCGAAACUUACCCGACAUGCGGAUCUCAUUUUGUACAUGGACGGAUCCCUCCACGAACAAGGCACGCACGAUGAACUGAUGAGGAAAGGGGGAGAGUAUGCUCGUAUCUGGAAUCUACAAGCGAUGGAUUUCCUCUAAUGAGUCGGGGCCAGAGAUACAAACAUUUUGAAGAAAGCAUACGGCGAAUUAUUGAGAGACUGGUAUUUAGGAUCUACAAGUGAAGGCUUUUAUUUAACAACCUGAGACCAUUCAUUGUAAGUACAAUAAGCCGGAUUGCCAUAUAUACCACUACACCGCGGCAAUGCAAUAGUCACGAAAUACUACUUAGAAAAAUAGCAAAUCGCGAAAACAAAAUGUGAG